CUUCCUUAGUCAUUUACAGAAAUCUGGACCAAUAUUUCACUCUCUAGCAUUGUCAUUGACAAGCAACCAUUGUCCAUCUUUGCUUUUCGUCAUAUUUCAGCUUUUAUUUUUUCUUACCUUUGGUCUAUAUAAUAGAAGAGUCUUUGCAGAGCCAGAAACAUACACCAUCUUCACAAAACAGCUCUUCUUUGUUUCUGGAUCAUCUAUGGAUGCCGGCAAGGAUAAACCUACACCAACUAAUGAAGGUGUCUUAAAACAUAGAGGAGUUAAGGCCAUGCCAUUUAUCAUAGGAAAUGAGACCUUUGAGAAGCUAGGAACUAUGGGUACUGUUUCAAACCUGAUAGUGUAUCUCACUACUGUUUUUAACAUGAAGAGUAUAACAGCAACUACUGUUAUCAAUGUGUUCACUGGAACUGUAAAUGCUGUCCCAUUAAUUGGUGCUUUCAUCUCUGAUUCUUACUUGGGACGUUACAAGACUCUGGCCAUUGCUUCCAUGUGUUCUCUUCUGGGAAUGGUAGUAUUAACUCUUACAGCUGGAAUCCCCAAGCUGCACCCUCCAAAAUGUGCAGCAAUUGAGAUUGUAAGAUGUGUUGGACCAACAGGUGGGCAGUUAGGUUUUCUAUUCGUCGGGUUAGGAUUUCUAGUUCUUGGAGCUGGAGGUAUUCGUCCAUGUAACCUUGCCUUUGGAGCUGACCAGUUCAAUCCAAAUACUGAAUCCGGCAAGCGAGGCAUCAAUAGUUUCUUCAAUUGGUACUAUUGCACCUACACAUUUGGUAUGAUGAUAUCUACUACCUUCAUUGUCUACGUGCAAUCAAAUGUGAGCUGGAUUAUCGGGUUGGCCAUUCCUGCAGGUUUAAUGUUCUUGUCUUGUCUUCUUUUCUUCUUGGGUACAAAAAUUUAUGUCAUAGUAAAACCUGAGGGGAGUGCUAUAGUAAGUGUCAUACAAGUAUUAGUUGCUUCUGUUAAGAAGCAAAGGUUAAAGAAACCUGACGAUCCUGCUCAUUCUCUUUUUGAUUAUAUGCCCACGAAUUCUAUCAACUCCAAGCUUCAACAGACAAACCAAUUCAGGUGGCUUGACAAGUCUGCAAUUAUAACUAGUGAAGACCAAAUUAACUCUGAUGGCUCUGCAGCCAAUCCAUGGAAACUUUGCAGCAUCCAGCAAGUGGAAGAAGCGAAAUGUGUGCUAAGAGUGAUCCCAAUAUGGGCAUCAGGCAUCCUUUACUAUGUUCCAGUAGUUCAACAAAACACUUACGCUGUUUUGCAAGCACUUCAGUCAGAUAGAAGACUUGGCGAAAAUGGCUUUGAGAUUCCUGCCGCUUCAAUAAUAGUCUUUUCCAUGCUAACUCUUACUCUUUUUAUCCCCUUCUACGAUCGAAUUAUUGUUCCGUUUCUUCGAAAACUCACGGGUAAAGAAGGUGGAAUUACAAUACUCCAAAGAAUGGGAAUUGGAGUAGUUCUUUCAAUUGUUACUAUGGUUGUUUCUGGUUUGAUUGAAGAGCGAAGAAGGCAUUGGGCGCUUACAAGGCCAGCAAUAGGCAUUUCACCUAAAGGAGGAGCCAUAUCAUCAAUGUCUGCUUUAUGGUUAAUCUUUCAACUAGCACUUGCAGGAUUAACAGAGGCGCUUAAUUCCGUCGGGCAGACUGAGUUCUACUACAAGCAAUUCCCUGAAAAUAUGAGAAGCAUAGCGGGUUCUUUCUUUUAUCUUGGAUUGGCAGGUUCAUUUUAUCUAAGUAGCAUACUUGUUUCAAUAGUGCACCAUGUUACAGCAGGAUCAAAUGGCAGGGAUUGGUUAGCUGAGGAUCUUAACAAAGGGAGAUUGGAUUACUUUUAUUACAUGAUUGCUGUUUUAGGUGUUGUUAAUUUUGUGUACUUCCUAGUGGUGGCCAAGUGGUAUAAAUAUAAAGGUAACAACACAGAUGAAAUUCAGGUUAUUGAUGGAAGCCAAAAAGCUUGAGAAACAUUUUAUUCUGAGAGAAAUAAGCAUAAACUUAUUUAUAAGUUUAAGCAUUAAGCAGCAUAAUAACGAAGCAAUAUCAAUGUAUAGGAACAUGUAUCUUGGUCCAGUUUUUGUAACAAGUGUGCCUAGAUAGAUUCAUAGCUUUUUCUCAUUGUACAUUGAUCAAAGUACAAGGAGUUUCUCAAAUAAACUAUGGGUGUCAGACGAGUUCCAAUAUAUGCUUUUAUUAAUUCCCUCUUAA